UUUUGGUUGUCCAAGUGCUGAGAGAAAGGUAUGCUGAGAAUUUGAGACUGAGAUUGGAGGAUGUCACUCUGUGUCCUUAAAUCUUUUGUGUCAGGACAAUAGCCAUAGACAAUGUAUAAAGAAUUGUCAUGGCUUAUUUUGCUUGCAUACAACUGCAGAAAGGAGAGAGAUUAAAGUUAUGUUUGAGAGUGACUGCAUAUUUAUUUCAUCCCAGUUGACAGCUUGAGGGGAAAAUCUGUGCAUAUCGCAUCCUCUGUCUUCAUCUUUUUUUGCCUUCUCUGGAAAGGACUGCACUUUCCUUUCCCAGGCUUUGGGGAACCAUGAGUUUGAUGAAGGUGUGAGCGGAUUAUUGGAUCCUCUUCUUAAAAAUGCUAAUUUUACAAUCCUAAGUGCAAACAUAAAGGGGAAAACCCCAUUAGCAAACGAAAUGAUGAAAUAUGUUAAUCCUUUUAAAAUAGUACAUUUUAACUCAGAAUCAGUAGGGAUUGUUGGCUACACUACAAAGGAAACCUCUUUUCUGUCACAGCCAGGGGAUGAUAUAGUUUUUGAAGAUGAAAUUGAAGCAUUGCAGGUACAAGUGAAUGAACUUACUGCUAUGGGAGUGAACAAAAUAAUCGCACUAGGACAUUCUGGCUUUACUGUGGACAAAAAUAUUGCCCAAAAAGUGAAAGGAGUGGAUGUUGUAAUUGGAGGACAUACAAACACAUUUCUCUAUACAGGCACCCCACCCUCUACUGAAGAGCCAGCUGGCCCGUAUCCAUUCAUGGUUGACUCGGAUGAUGGGAGAAAGGUGCCAGUUGUACAAGCUUAUGCAUAUGGAAAAUAUCUUGGUUACUUAAAUGUUACAUUUGACAAGAAAGGAAAUGUAGUUGAAGCAGUUGGAAACCCCAUUCUGCUGGACAGCAGUGUUCCUGAAGAUGAACACAUUAAAGAAGAAGUGGAAAAAUGGAGGAAAAACCUGGGGAAUUAUUCUAAAGAGAUUGGAAAAACUAGUGUUUACCUGAAUGGUACAAACCAAGCAUGCCGUUUUCAAGAGUGUAACAUGGGAAAUUUGCUUUGUGAUGCUGUGCUUUAUGAGAAUGUCAGACGCCCGGAUAAAAAGUCAUGGAACCAUGUUUCAAUGUGCAUCCUGAAUGGAGGUGGGAUACGGUCACCCAUUGAUGAACAGAGCACUAAUGGUAGCAUUACUGUGGAAGAUUUGCUGUCUGUUUUGCCAUUUGGAGGUCGUUUUGAUUUGGUAAGGGUAAAAGGCUCCACUCUGAAAGAAGCUUUUGAACACAGCGUGCGCAGAUAUGGAAGAGGAAGCGGAGAGCUGCUGCAGGUUGGAGGCAUCCACGUGGUCUAUGAUCUCUCCAGAGCCCCAGGAAGCAGAGUUGUUAGCUUAGAAGUGCUUUGCACAGCCUGCCGCGUCCCAGCCUAUGUCCCGCUCCAGAUGGACGAAAUAUACAAUGUGACUCUUCCAUCCUAUAUGUUAUUUGGAGGGGACGGCUAUCAUAUGCUGAAGGACAAAAAUCUGGGAUACAGUAAAGGUGAACCUGAUAUUGAGGUUGUUUCCCGUUACCUCCAGAGAAUGAAGAGAGUUUACCCAGCAGUUGAAGGUCGAAUAAAGUUUUCCUCUGGAACUCUUACUGAAGCAAGUCUCACCCUGAUUUUUGUAUUGUUCACUGUCAUGUUCUUGCAUACUUGAUUUUUGCUCACAGUGGUUUUGUUUGGAGGAAGGCAAGAGGAGAGAUAAUAAUAAUGAAGGAAAAAGAUCACAGUUCUCUUACACCUUAAAUUGAGUGUUUAGGUUUCUGCACGUCAACAGUAAAUAGCACAAGAAAUUGUCUAUAACCUGGCACUGCGCUGAGUGAGUGGACAGAAUUCAUGACUUCUUUUAGUCUGGAUCAGCAGGUACCUGCAGUUCAGUUUGAGGUUUUAAGAAGUUUCAGUGAAUAUUAAUGCUCCAUCAUAAAACAACCACUGAUUUAAACAGGGAUACUUUUAACUUAACGCAUUCUUUUACCUGCUUUAGAUAGAGUUGAUUAAGAAUAUGAUUCCAGUAAUGUAAACAAGCUUCUAGAAAUGAGUUUAUUAUAGGUGUAUAUACCUUUCUUUGAUCUCCACUCAGGGUUAAAGCUUUCAAUCUAAUAAUUCUAUUUUCCUUCCGGUCAAAUUUAUCAUACCUACAGCAGUGUCUCAAGGAGCUGGAUUAAACUCUGUGUCACUAAAAGCAUGAGAUCCAUUUACAUACAAUUAAAAAAAAGUUUCUCCAUUUUAGUUUUGAAGAUGCAGCAUCUCACUUAUGUUUUCCAUUAAUAAAGGAUGCAAUGAAAGCUCGAUUCAAUUUUGAUUAAUUUUAACAGAUUGAGUGUAUCUACUUCACUAUUUAAUAUGACCAGCUUGGGGACUGUAUCUAGAGUGAGAACAAUCUGAUUAUGUUUCAUACAAAUAAAUAUGCUCAGUUUUACACCUUCUUCCAAGACCAAAGCACAGGACUCAUGACCAUUACUCUAUCAGCAACGUUCAGAGAGAAGGUCAGAUACACACACUGACUCCUGCAGCACUGUGGCAGCAUUUGGGAGUUGCUCAGUAAUGGGGCUUUUUACAGCAUAACCUGGCUUUAUCUUAACUGUGGUUCUAGCUCAAAAGUCUUGUCUCUUCUAUGGGGAGGCUGUGUUUAAAAAAAAUGCAGUUAUAAGACAUAGGCUAAUGAGUAUAAAAUCAGAAAUCAGCUUAAAUGCCGAGUUACAUUUCUGACACUUGAUCAAAAAAUGACUGCUCAUAAAUGAGUGCAAAUGAUGAUUAUUUUUCUAAGAUCACUCACAUCUGAAAUUCUGACAUCAACAUGUUUCCAUGUUUAUUGCUGUUUUAAACUGAUCAGUGUUUUGAAUAAACCUGCUUUGUUUUUCUGGAAAGCGCACUAUGCACUCACUUCUUAAAUUCACUACACCUGCACACUUGAAGGAGAUACAUUAAGGUAAGUAUUCAGUAUGCUUAAAUGUCAAUACUCCAUCAGUUUCCACAUAAAUUCAAGGGUUGUGCAUGAAAAGAUCUGGACUACACAGCUGCAUCAGCUAAGUUGUGUUAGAACAGGGAGACAAACUACUGAUCUUGACACACUAUUACUUGUAACACUAUUGCUGCUUUGUCAAUACCAGUCCCUAAAAUUACUAAUUUACAGAAUGGUCAUCCCCAAAUCAAGAUAAAGCCAGUAACAGAGUGCACUUACGGUCCGAGGUGUACCUGCAAGCCAGUUUUUACAGAGUUGUAACAACUCUUUUGGUACAUCCAGAGAGAUAAGUUUUACCUUCCUUUUGACAAACAGAAGGAAAAGGUAUGCAAAAAUAAUACAGCUAGAUAAUGCAAACUCUAUUGACAAAGAACACUGAUAGUGCAUUAAGUUGGCUUGUUUGUAAAUAAGAAGAAAGGAGGUGUUGUCUGUAAAGAAAAAUUGAGGAAUGACUAUUAAAUAUCUCUGUAUUGUUCUGUGAGUAGAACUUGUUGAAAAUCCACACAAGGAAAAUCCUUUUCAAAGUCUCUUUUAUAAAGGCUGAGCCAACAAAUUAAGAUUUACAGGAAAAAAUCUUCCACACAUUUCUAUACACUAAUAAAUUUUUAGAAAAUGUUACGAAGAGACAUCCUCUUUUCUAAGCCUGUAAAGAGGAUAUCCGAAGAAACCCAAACCCAGACAAGAAAAGUGCAGGAAAAUAAAGGCUAAGGUAAAAGUCAAAACCACUUUUCACACCCAUUAUUAUUUUAAGAGUGCUUUAAAGCUGAAGGUCAGAUAUUAAAUAAAUUACACACAUGAUUUUCCAUGCUUAUGGAAAGCAGAAGGCCAAAGAUAGUUCUGAGAUCAUUCGUAUACAACAGAUUCAAUCAUGUAAUUUAGUUUU